AUGACUGCGCCGACGAUAACGUCACCAUCAACGCAAUCGGGAAAGUGGUUUCUUUCGGCACUGGAGCACGAGCAGCGCGACUACGCCACAGCGAUCUCCCCUGCUCCUCCCUCGCUACAGUCACCGUCGCUGCUGCCGCCGUACCGAUCGCCGUGCCACAGCGGCGCAUCGGAGCAGGUCUUGCCGGUGCCGCCUGCCGCGCCGAGCACACCAAAGGCCGCGCCAUCUACUCCUCCAUCACUACCCCUGCCGCUGCUGCCCUGCGACUCCACAUCUCCAUUGCCCCCGGUGCCGCAGCUCCGCGUGCAUGACUUGGCAGCACUGCCAUUAUCUUCGCUCAGUCGCGAGGCCUCGCUGCUCCCAAGCAGCUCACGCCGUGGGCUCUCCGUGCCGCUCUCUUCGCUGCGCCUUGAGUGCGCCGAAUCGCCACUAUCGCCGCUGUUGGCGGACAGUUCUCCGGCGCUCGCCAUCGACUUGAUGCGAGAGCAGGCGGGGGCUCUUGUCACUGCUGCAGCUGCGGGAGGCGAACGCCAGACGUUGUCAUCUCUGGCAUCUCCGGACCGCUCGGUGGGAGAGCUGGCGCGCGUUCAGCAGCAGCAGCAGCAGGCGUCGACGCGCCCCUCUAGCGCACUCACUGCUGCAGAGGAGGCCGAAAGAGAGGAAUGUGACGAGGCACUCGAGUACGAGAUGGCAGAGGAUCUGCGCAUGUCGAUGGACAUUGCUUUCACGCCGUCUGGCACCGGCAGCUGCGCGCCGCCCCUCUUCUCGCAGUCAUCCAUGAUGCAAGAGGAGAGGCAAGCGGAGGAGGAAGGCGGCAGCGAGGGGGCGACCUGCAUCAUGAGAGGCAGCGCCGUGGCGGUGGAGCGAGCUGGUGACAAUAGUGAGUUGCGCUCUAGCCCAGCGAUGAGCGGUCAGGAGGGCAGCGCACAACCAUUCUUCCGCUUCCAAGAUGGCGCAGGUGAUGUGCUCAUCUCUGGAUCAACGCCGCCUCCUUCCAUUGCGAUUCCAGCUGUGCUCAACGAACACGCGUUGAUCAGCGGCGGCACCGCUACAGCCGAUUCGAGUGCCGCGCCUCCAACGAGCUCGUUGGCAGUGCUGCCCAGCGCCUUUGCCGGCCUGCCGUCUGCACCGUCGACGUGGCCGAUCCGUGAGGCUACGCCGCCACAUCUUCCAUCGGAGCUCGUGCCUGGUACAGAGCUGUUGCCGCUCGGCGUUGCGGUCGCUGCUGAUGGAGGUGGAGGCCCGAGUGUUGGGAGGAUGGGCCCUGGACGUCAUCGCACCGUGUUUUCGUUCAGCUCGCUGCGCGUUGGCACCGCAAGCGCCGCAGCGCUACCCGAUCCCUUCCCUGAGCCGCAGCCACGUCUGUGCCAACUAUCAGUGGCGACGACAACAGGUCAGGCAAGUGCUGGAAGCGCUCGGAAUGUGGCUGCUUCUGUGGCUGAGCCUGCUACUCCCGUCAGCUCGCCGCCCUCAGAAGCCUGUGCUACAACGCACCCACCUGAUCUGUGGCUGCCGUCGUUGCCGACCGAGCACGUGAGCCCUCCGUGUGAUCCUCUGCUGAUGCGGGUUUCCAGUCAAGGUGGAAAGGCCGAGGGUUGCGCUGCUCAGAGUGUUUUUCGAAUGGGCGUUGUGGCACCGACGCCGACGUCGCUGGGGAGCGACGUGCUUUCCUCUGCGACCGGCGUCUCCGCGCUGUCGGCUGCGAACGCAGCGCCUCCGCUCUCCGACUUGCACGUCACCGCGCUGCCGUACCUUGCCACGGCCGCUGCCGGUGGCAGCGGCGCACCUGCUGUUCCCGCACGCCCAGGCCGCACGUGCUUUACGCUGCACUCCGCUGCGCGAACGACAGGGACACUUUCUUCCUCUGCAGCCGCCACAUCAACAGAGGAGCCGACGACAGCGGCGGCGUCUGCGUCGACCGGCGCGGUGCCACCGGCAUUGACAGAGGCGAGCUAUCUCUCAGCCGAGAAGUGUUUCUUCAGGGGCGGCACAGCCGAGCUGCAGCAGCUGCCGGGACAUGGUGCUGCGUCACCGCAGGGAACAGAGGGACUGAUGGUGUCUUUGGAUGGUGUCGCGUCAGCGACACCAAGCGAUACAAGGAAAAUGCCCAGCAGUAUGGAGAGCCGCCAUACGACCGGGUGUGCUCAGCCGGUCAUUGCCAACGCGCAGCCGGCGUUGCUGCGGCCCGUCGACUCAACACCUUCGACGGUGGUCAUGCACCGCACACCGUCGACUCUCACAAGUGAGGAGCCAGCGUGGAAUCGACGAAGCGCGCCGUUCCCGCAGCCGUGGCCGUCGUUGAGCGAUGGCCAACCGCCGGCCUUGCUCACAGUUGCUGCUGUAACGCCACUUGUGGGUUGCAUGGGCGCUGAAGCGCCGACUGUGGCGGCCCCUCAGUCCGCGCAGGCACCGGCUGCCCAUGACGAGACAACGCAGCCGUACCUGCGAGAGAGUCGGGAGAUGGUCUCCUAUGUACCCCUUGCGCCGCCGCCGCCGUCGCCUCCCCUCCUGCGACCCGCUGGCACGGACGACACUGCGGAGCUCUUCUACGGUCUGCCGCGUGAGGUUGGCCACUUCUACGCAACACGGCGCGGUGUCACGUCGCUGUACGACUGGCAGCACGACGUGCUCACUCGCCCCGAGGUUCGGCAGGGCGGCAACUUUGUCUACAGUCUCCCCACCAGCGGUGGCAAGACGCUGGUCGCUGAGCUGAGCCUCCUGCGGUGUGUGCUGAACCGCCGCAAGUCGUGCUUCCUCGUCCUGCCCUUUGUGUCGCUUGCGGAGGAGAAGACGAUGGCGCUACAGCCGCUGACGACAGCGUACGACUUCAACGUGGACGGCCACUACGGCAGCUCCGGCCGCUUCCCGCUCUCCGGGGCGCCUGCAGUCUACGUCUGCACGAUCGAAAAGGCGAACUCGCUGCUGAAUCACAUGCUCGAGGAGGGUCGCACCGACGAGAUUGGGGCAGUGGUGGUGGACGAGCUGCACAUGGUCGGCGAGUCCGGGCGAGGGGCGACGCUGGAGUUGUUCCUUUCCAAGGUACUCGUGAUCAACGCCGCGCGGCAGCGGAAGCGCGACGCCGUGGUUGCACCGGCGACGCAGAGUCGCUGCAGUGCGAGCGGUUUGCGGCCAGGAUGGCCGGAGGAGUUGGAGGACGCAGAGGAGGACCUCCAUGAAAGGGCAGUCAUGACGGACACCGCGAAGGCGGCUUCGGACCCCGGCUCUCUGCAGAUAAUCGGCAUGAGCGCCACAGUCCCCAACCUCCGCACCCUUGCCGAGUGGCUGCGCGCUGCGUACUUUGAGUACGACUUCCGGCCUGUGCCAUUGCACGCUUACAGUGUCGUUGGCGGCCUCGUGCUACGCGAUGGCCAGCACAACGAGCGCAACCUCAGCAGCGACUCUGUCACGCAGCAUCUUGUAGAGCUCGCGACGGAGGUGCCGGAUGCGUCCGUGCUCAUCUUCUGCGCCAGCCGCCAGCAGUGCGUCGACACAGCGAAGGGCAUCGUCAACUACCUCAAGGCUCAAGCCAUUGCCGGCCAAAAAGUGCCGUCCCCGUGGAUGUCGGGUAGUAGCGAUGCAGCGGCGGAGGCACAGCAUGUCUCCGUGCUUGGCGUACCGUUCCCAAGCUUAACGAGAGGGCCGGUCACAGCGGCUGCGAUGGCGGCGGUGCCCCCGCAGGCCUCGGCUGCCAUCAAAGGCCUCCUUGCGGACCUCGAGGCCCUCGCGCACCACGAAGCCUCGCAGCUCAGUGAAGUAAUUGCCUUUGGAGUAGCAUUUCACCACGGCGGCCUCCUUGCCGAGGAGCGAGACCUCAUCGAGACGGCGUUCCGCCGCAAGCACAUCCGCAUCUUGUGCUGUACCUCUACACUGGCCGCUGGCGUGAACCUGCCGGCGCGGCGGGUAAUCAUCAAAACGCCGUACGUGGGCCGCGAGUUUCUCACGAAGUCACGCUAUCUGCAGAUGUGCGGCCGUGCCGGGAGAGCCGGGUUGGACCCGUACGGCGAGUCGUUCCUGCUGCUGAGCAGCCGUGAUCAGGCGCGCGGUCACGCCCUCAUGCAUGCCGCGGUGGAGCCGUGCAGCAGCAAACUCCUCGAGGACGAUCAAGCGCUCACCCGCUCGCUGCUGGAGUGCGUUGGGGUCGGGCUCGUGGCGGACUUCCAAAGCGCCUGUGAGUGGAGCGGCUCACUGCUGAGCAGGUGGGCGGUGGGUCCUGUGGACGCGUCGUGGCAGCCGCACAUCGCUGCAGCUGCCGCCCCGGCUGUGCCCGCGAGCACUGGAGUGGCGCCUCCCGGAGCGGCAGCGAAUGGCACGCGCGAAAGUGUCACCGGCCUCUUCCUCGCCUCCGGAGUCGGCUAUGACGGCGACGCCACUGCCGCACAAGACUCUGAGAGCAGCCGGUCUGCGCCUGGCCCUUCGGCAUCACCGCCCUCCCACCCCGCCUCGCCGGCGUCGCCGCCUCUGACGUGCGUGCCGCCGACUGCCAUGAAGGCGAUGGUGCGCGCCUCGCUCGUUACACUAGCGCGCUGCGGCUUCAUCCGCGUUGCCUGUACACGCGUAGGCAGCGGCGGCAGCAACGGCGCCAUCACCGUGAACAACACAGAUACUAUCAGCACGUUCACCGGCACCGGCGCCGGUACUGGCGGCGGUGACUGUGCUGCUGCUGGGACUACAGUCGGUAAGGACAAUGGUACCGCAUCGAGCGCGUCUCCGGAGACGUUGCCGAGCAGCAUAUCGGACGACGCCCACGCAGACGCUUCAGCAGAGACGCAAGACGCCUGUCAUGCGCAGGUGCUUGUGACAUCGUUUGGCAGUUCGUCCGUCCGCUCGUGCUUUAGUGUGGAGGAGGCGCUGCUGCUGCGCGCCGAGCUGGACGAGUUGCGCCACACCGGUCUCAUCUUGUCCGACGACCUGCACCUAUGCUACUUCCUCACGCCGCUGCGGGAGGUGGGAAAGUGCGACUGGGAGCUGCUGCGGCUCAUGAUGUCGCGCAUGAGCGACAGUCGCCAGCGCAUUGCGAGCCUGCUUGGUGUCGAUGCCUACUUUGUCGAUCAGCAGGCGAUGGGGCUCGGCGGUCCGCUGCAGGCCACAGAGGAGGGCCGACGGCGCCUCUUCACGGCAAGGCGGUUCUACGUGGCACUUAUGCUGGCGGAUGUGCUGGCUGAGGUGCCGAUGGCGACGGUGGAGCAGCGGUAUAACGUGAGCCGCGGGCAGCUGCAGAAUCUGAUGCGCUCCGCCUCGAUGUUCAGCAGCUCCAUCACGAGCUUCUGCCACGCGAUGGAGUGGUUCUCGCUAGAAGCGGUACUCUCGUCCUUCGUCAAGCGACUCGGCUUCGGCGUGAAGCCGGACUUACUGCCGCUGAUGGAGAUACGUGGCAUGCAGCCGCCGCGGGCGAGGGCGCUGUGGAGCGCCGGCUUCAAGAAGCUCGCAGCGAUCGCGGCGGCCGACGCGGAUGACAUGGUAUCGAAGGUGAAGUCGAUGAACCCGAAGGACAGCAAGGCAGCGAAGUUUUUUACGAAGCGCUCGGCGUUGAUGGCGAUCCGGGAGGCAAACCUCGCCCUACAGUCGCAGAUCAAGGAGAAGAAGGGCGAGCUGCAGGAACUGACGGUUUGUUGCGGCGGUGGUGGCGGCGUUCGCGGUGCGCGCUGA